AUGGAGGAUGGGAAAGACCAAGACAUUGAUGUUGGAUCAGUGGUUGAAGCUGUUUCCGCCGAUCACUCCUUUGGUGCUCCCCUUUAUGUGGUUGAGAGCAUGUGCAUGCGCUGCCAUGAAAAUGGAACAAGCAGGUUUCUGUUGACCUUAAUUCCUCACUUCAGAAAGGUCUUAAUAUCUGCAUUUGAAUGUUCCCAUUGCGGAGAAAGGAAUAAUGAAGUUCAGUUUGCUGGAGAGAUUCAACCCCGAGGUUGCUGUUACCAUCUCGAGGUUCUAGCUGGCGAUGAGAAGAUAUUUGACCGGCAAGUAGUGAAAUCUGAAUCAGCCACUAUUAAGAUUCCUGAACUGGAUUUUGAGAUUCCACCAGAGGCCCAACGUGGAAGUUUGUCUACUGUGGAAGGAAUAUUAGCACGAGCUGCAGAUGAACUGAGUGCCCUUCAAGAAGAACGCAAGAAAGUUGAUCCUAAAACUGCUGAAGCAAUAGACCAGUUCUUAUCUAAACUGAGAGCUUGUGCAAAAGCAGAGACAUCCUUCACCUUCAUUUUGGACGAUCCUGCUGGAAACAGUUUCGUUGAGAACCCACAUGCUCCAUCACCUGAUCCCUCUUUAUCCAUCAAGUUCUAUGAGCGAACACCAGAGCAGCAAGCAACACUUGGAUAUCUUGCAGAUCCAUCCCAGGCUAGACAAUCAGAAGGAAGCGUUGCCGCACCUUCUACUGAAACAACUUCUCUACCUCAUGGAACAAUCGGAGCAACAGGUGGUCAUCGAGCUAUUGCUCAGAGUAAUAGCACUGAUAUUUCCGAUAACUUGUUUAGAUACUCUGCCCCUGAAGAGGUGAUGACUUUCCCUUCAACCUGCGGAGCAUGUAUGAAGCAGUGUGAGACACGGAUGUUCGUGACGAAAAUCCCGUACUUUCAGGAGGUUAUUGUCAUGGCAUCCACAUGUGAGGAUUGUGGCUAUCGCAAUUCUGAGUUGAAGCCUGGUGGUGCUAUUCCUGAGAAGGGAAAGAAAAUCACUCUCUCUGUGAAGGACAUCGCUGACCUUAGCCGAGAUGUUAUCAAGUCAGACACAGCAGGAGUGAUAAUCCCAGAACUUGAUAUGGAGCUAGCUGGUGGUACACUUGGUGGAAUGGUAACAACAGUUGAAGGUUUGGUCACACAGAUCAGAGAAAGCCUAGCGAGAGUUCACGGAUUCACUUUUGGUGACAGUCUAGAUGAGAGUAAGAAGAACAAGUGGAGAGAAUUUGGAUCCAGGCUUACUAAGCUCCUAAGCUUAGAACAGCCAUGGACAUUGAUUCUUGAUGAUGAAUUAGCAAAUUCCUUUAUUUCACCAGUAACAGAUGAUAUCAAAGAUGAUCAUCAACUCACAUAUGAAGAUUUCGAGAGAUCAUGGGAGCAAAACGAGGAGCUGGGUCUCAACGACAUAGAUACUUCUUCAGCUGAUGCUGCUUAUGGAUCCACAGAGACAACUAAAUUACCUUAA